CUAUGACAAUCUUCUAUUUGGGCGGGCGAUUCACCCUUUCUGGGUCAAGACUACGUUUCCCAGAAGUACUUGCGGCUCUAAUCAACUUCAAGUGAUAAUUGGGCUACCUUUUUCUAUUUCUCAAGGAACUUAUGACUCCUGGGAUUGGCGGGUCUAUGGAGAAAACUUGUCUCCAAGGUGUGGGAUCUAUCUGGUGUGGGAGCGCAUUCCAAGCCUGCAUCUGGCUCUCAAAGACUCAUAGCGGGGCUGUCGGUUUAGCCCCUAUGCGAUAGCGGGAAACCCAGAGACCAGGCGCCAUCUUGACCAAACGGAACCGGGACUACGUUUCCCAGAGGCCCCCGCGGGAACCGGUCCACUUCUACACUUGCCGUGCUGGGCCUCCCAGGAAGGUGGAAUGCAAGGUGAGUGGCCUUGGCCUUGGGAGCUUGACCAGGUUUCUCAGCUCUUCUUCUCAAGAGGUCCUCAGAAGGAGAAAUAGCUGAGGACCAAGCUAAAUGCAAGACCUGCCCUCUUAGAACACUAUCCUUUUUUAAGAGAAUGGCCUUGAAGCAGACUGUUAAUCUGCAAUACUGAAAGCCAUGGCCCAGGAAUCAAUGAUAUUCAGGGAUGUGGCUAUAGAUUUCUCUCAGGAGGAGUGGGAAUGCCUGGACCUUGCUCAGAGGGACCUGUACAGAGAUGUAAUGCUGGAAAACUACAGCAAUCUGCUAUCAGUGGGAUUUUACAUACCUAAGCCUCAUGUCAUCUCCUUAUUGGAACAAGGGAAAGAGCCCUGGAUGUUUGGCAGAGAACUGACAAGAGGUCUGUGUUCAGAUCUGGAGUCAAUGUGUGAAACCAAGUUAUUAUCUUUAAAGAAGGAAAUUUAUGAAAUAGAAUCAUGCCAGAGGGAGAUGAUGGGACUUACAAAGUAUAGCCUUGAGUAUUCUCAUUAUAGAGAUAUUUUGGAAUAUGGCAGUCACCUUGAAAGACAACUGGGAUAUCAGAAUGGUCAUUUCAGCCAAGAAAUAUUUACUAAUGGAUAUAUGCCCACAUAUAUUCAACAGACAUUCUUUACUCUGCAUCAAAUAAUUAAUUCUGAAGAGAAACCUUAUGAAUGCAAGAAAUGUGGAAAAGUCUUUAAUCAGAAUGCACAAUUUAUUCAACAUCAAAGAAUUCAUAAUGGUGAAAAAUCUUAUGAAUGUAAGGAGUGUGGGAAAUUCUUUAGCUGUGGCUCACAUGUUACUCGACAUCUGAAAAUUCAUACUGGUGAAAAACCCUUUGAAUGUAAUGAAUGUGGAAAGGCCUUCAGUUGUAGCUCAUACCUUUCUCAGCAUCAGAGAAUUCAUACUGGUAAGAAACCCUAUGAAUGUAAGGAAUGUGGGAAAGCCUUUAGUUAUUGCUCAAAUCUUAAUGACCAUCAGCGAAUUCACACUGGUGAAAAACCCUAUGAAUGUAAAGUAUGUAGGAAAGCCUUUACUAAGAGCUCACAACUUUUUCAACAUGCAAGAAUUCAUACAGGUGAGAAACCCUAUGAAUGUAAGGAAUGUGGCAAAGCUUUUACUCAGAGCUCAAAGCUUGUUCAGCAUCAGAGAAUUCAUACUGGUGAAAAACCCUAUGAGUGUAAGGAAUGUGGCAAAGCCUUCAGUAGUGGCUCAGCACUUACUAAUCAUCAGAGAAUUCACACUGGGGAAAAACCCUAUGAUUGUAAGGAAUGUGGCAAGGCUUUUACUCAGAGCUCACAACUUCGACAACAUCAGAGAAUUCAUGCUGGUGAGAAACCUUUUGAAUGCCUUGAAUGUGGGAAAGCCUUUACUCAAAACUCACAACUUUUUCAACAUCAGAGAAUUCAUACAGAUGAAAAACCAUAUGAAUGUAAUGAAUGUGGAAAGGCUUUUAAUAAAUGCUCAAACCUUACUCGACAUCUGAGAAUUCAUACUGGUGAAAAGCCCUAUAACUAGGGAAUAUGGGAAGGCAUUUAAUAGUGGGUCAGAUCUCAUUUGUCAUCAGGGAAUUCAUACUGAUGAAUAAUAAAAGUUAAAGCUCUAUCUAAUAUUUUAAACAAAAAAUAAUGUUAGAGAGUUACCAUUUUUCACUGUUUUCAUUAGUGUAAAUGCUAAUUUUCAUAAUUACCAUAUAUAUAUAUAUAUAUAUAUAUAUAUAUAUAUAUAUAUAUGUAUGUAUAUAUAUAUGCCUAUAUUGGCAUUUACCCAUGCUUCCCCAAUAUUGUACUAAUGGUAGAUGUUCAGUAAUUCUUUUCUUUUUCAUUAUUUUGUCCUACCUUCUUGGUGUUAAUAUUAUUCUUUAUAUUUGCUUGUGUUUUGGAGCUAUUUUUUCUGUUCUGAUUUAUACCUUUGUGCUUAAAUUAUGUUAUCUUGUAUUUUUAAUUCCUAUAAAAAUUUAACUUGAUUUUUGAAAUCAGUGUUAAUAUUUUUUUUCUCACAAAUUUAUAUUUUCUUAUAAAACAGAAAACCUAAAAGCAAAUAUUAAUUUUAAUCAGAGUAACUGUAGAUGACUACUCUCAAGUUGGUAGAGUAUAUCCUACCAUACUUUGUCUUUAAAGAAAGUGUAGUCAUGGUAUGCGUAUUGUAUCUUUACGUUCUCUUAACAUGACAAAAAAAUAUUGCCAUUUCAGCAAAUGUAGAUUUUUAUUUUUAAUGACUUAUACUGAAUGACCUUUUUAAAUGGCCUUAUUAUUCAUGUUAUGGUUGCAUCUAAAUGUUCACAUGCCCUGAGUAGCAUGACCCAAAAUUUAUCUUUGGAUUUGUGUUUUUCUUUUAAAACAUGUAUUUUAAUUGCUGAAAUUAUCCACAUCUUUUCCUUAUAAACUUUUAUGUUCCUUUUCAUUAACCCUAAUCCCAAACUCAUACUAGAAUGUUUUUAACAACUAUUAUAAAAAUGUUGUCAAUCCUUUCAGAUUUUUUUUUUACAUUUUAUUGAUAGGUUUUAGUGGUAUUUCAUAUGUUUUAUUUCAUGUAUAUUAAAUAUAAUUAUGGUAUAUCUUUGGUUUGUUAUGAGGAUUUAAUCAAUGAAUAAAUUUAAAGUAUUAGAAUGAUAUCACUACUAAGUGCUUAGUAAAAGUAGUCCAUUUUUAUCAUUGA